CCCCCCCUUCCCUUCCCCAUUUCCCCUCCCCCCUUUCCAUCCCUUCCUUUUGCAGCGUUUGAAAGCGCGUUUGGUUUAUGCGUGAGUGAGAGCGAUCGAGCCAGUCCUGGCCGUUGGUGGAGUUGGAAUGUGAUAAGCGGCCCUAGCAGUGCCAUGUAUUGGAAGAGCGACCAGAUGUUUGUGUGUAAACUGGAAGACAAGGACGUGCCCGAGCUGGAUGUUUCCUCGGAGAAGUUCCCGGGGCUCAUGUCUGAGGAGUGCGGGAGGAGUGCGGCUGCCCUGGCAGCGGGCAGAUCCCGGAAAGGAGCCGGGGAAGGAGGCCUGGUGAGCCCCGAGGGCGCGGGGGAUGAGGACUCCUGCUCCUCCUCCGCCCCGCUGUCGCCGUCGUCCUCGCCCCGGUCCAUGGCCUCGGGCCCCGGCGGCCCCCCGGCCAAGUGCGUGUGCAGCAGUUGCGGGCUGGAGAUCGUCGACAAGUAUCUUCUCAAGGUGAACGAUCUGUGCUGGCAUGUGCGUUGUCUCUCCUGCAGUGUCUGUAGAACUUCCCUAGGAAGACAUACCAGUUGCUAUAUAAAAGAUAAAGACAUUUUCUGCAAGCUUGAUUACUUCAGACGGUAUGGAACUCGCUGUUCUCGUUGUGGCAGACACAUCCAUUCUACUGAUUGGGUCCGAAGGGCCAAAGGAAAUGUAUAUCACUUGGCGUGCUUUGCCUGCUUCUCCUGCAAAAGACAGCUUUCCACAGGAGAAGAAUUUGCUUUGGUGGAAGAGAAAGUCCUCUGUAGAGUACAUUACGACUGCAUGUUGGACAAUUUAAAAAGAGAAGUUGAAAACGGGAACGGGAUCAGUGUCGAAGGAGCAUUACUAACAGAACAAGAUGUUAAUCAUCCAAAACCAGCAAAAAGAGCUCGGACCAGCUUUACGGCAGAUCAACUCCAGGUUAUGCAAGCACAGUUUGCUCAGGACAACAAUCCAGAUGCACAAACCCUCCAGAAACUUGCAGAAAGGACGGGUUUGAGCAGACGUGUGAUACAGGUUUGGUUUCAAAAUUGUAGGGCCCGGCACAAGAAACACGUUAGUCCUAACCAUUCAUCCACUGCUCCAGUUACAGCAGUUCAGCCUUCAAGAUUAUCUCCCCCUAUGUUAGAAGAAAUGACCUAUUCUGCAUAUGUACCCCAAGAUGGGACAAUGUUAACUGCGCUACAUAGUUAUAUGGAUGCUCAUUCACCAACAGCUCUUGGACUCCAGCCCUUGCUACCCCAUUCGAUGACACAGCUGCCAAUAAGCCACACCUAAUUCCCUCUUUUUUUUUUUUCAGGGAUAUAAACUAUUAAGGAUGUAAUCUUAAGUCAUUUAUUGUGUAUUAAAUAUCAAAAAAGAUAUUAAUGUUAAUUUUUUUAUUUAACACACAAAGCAUUUUCAAGAUCACUUGCUCCCAGGUAUGGAUGUAUAGUUGGCCUGCAAGACACUUUCUUUAAUUCUUCAUUAAAGAGAAAAAUUAUGUUUACAAGACUUAUUGAAAAAGAACCCCUUUUGUAUUGUCUGGAAGUAGUUCAUGCUAGUUGUGUAUCUGUUAAUUUAUUUGUCAUCAAAAGAGCACUUUGCAUAAAAGAAAGGACUGACAAGUGUGCAAAUUGUUUACAAUUCUUUGUGAAAUUGUAGUUUAUCAUUAGUUUGUAUCUGUAAGUUAUUGGUAUAAAAUAUUACCUGUAUUUUUUUUUUGUUAUAUGCAACCUAUUCUUUGACGCUUGUAUCUGUGAAUAGGCAAAAUACAUUUCAGUUGCAAAUGUUUUCUGAAUGACCUGAAUAAAGCUUCUGUUGUAGCAUG